GAAGAGUCCAAGACGACCCUGAGGAAAAGAUCAUCAAGCAGAUGGUCCCGGAAAUCAUCCCCUCUAUGCAAAAGAUCCCCGACCAGAGACUAGAAAUGAAUUCCGGCCACCGGUGGUUCAACUCCGUCCCCAUCGCGCUUCAGCCCUCCAUUCUUAUCAACCCACUACCUUUACCAAUGCCUAAACCUGACCUGGCUUUUGGAUAUUCUGAGGCGGCUUUUACCGAAGACCAGUUAGGGACAAUUGAUCUACUUGUCGACGAUCAGUUCGGCCGGAGCUACGCCGUACCAGACAAGAGGAUUCAAUUUCCGUUUCUACAGAUCGCAACAAACCAGGCAGCGGGUGCUGGAGCCAUCGCAUUAAAGGGAACCAUGGAACUUAUGGAGCGCAGCUUCGGACUGGAACAUUUCGAUUAUGAAAAGCCCCAAUAUUUCUCCGUCAGUAUGGACCAUGAGCUAGCUCGGAUCAAUGUACACUGGGUGAAAGCUGCCGCUGAAGGCGGACAACCCAGUUUUCAUGUCGAACACCUAUCAAAAUAUCUCUUGGACGACGCAAGUGGUAUACGAGCAGUUUCGCGAGCCAUCAAGAAUAUCCUCGACGAUGGUGCAGAUGCACGGUUGUCAGCACUUUGCAGCGCAUUGGAUAGGUACCGGGCUACGGUCAUCCGUGACAGGGCAGCGGGAAAUGCUCAGAGGAAUCAGGGACAUGAUGGCUCUCCCAGAGCGGACAAAGGGGACGGUGCCGCCACUUGAUCUUUUGGUGGCUGGCGGCGCGUCAUAGGAGAAGGAAGACGGAAAUCACCGGGACCCGCAAAUGCCGCCCAAGGAGACAUGCCGGCUCAGAGGCGACCGCGGCGCACUCAGACGACAGCGCAAAGAGGUAGAGUAUGAUCAAGGUGGACGCUGAGGAGAGCAAGGUGCCCUGAAAUAUCUGUAGUCAAG